AAAAGAAGAAAAAAAAGGAAAAGAAAAUGCCAGGGCUUACCAUCGGAGACACACUCCCAGACCUCGAAGUUGAAACCACCCACGGCAAGAUCAAACUCCACGAUUAUGUCGACCAAUCUGAUUUCACCAUCAUCUUCUCUCAUCCCGGUGAUUUCACUCCGGUUUGCACGACUGAGCUGGGUAUGAUGGCUGCCUACGCCGACAAGUUUGCUGAGAGAGGCGUCCAGCUUUUGGGUUUUUCCGCCGAUGACGUUGACUCCCACAACCAGUGGAUCAAGGACAUCGAAGCACACAACGGCGGCCACAAGGUCACUUACCCAAUUGCUGCCGAUCCUCACAGGCAUUUCAUCAAACAGUUGAACAUGCUCGACCCUGACGAGAACCAAGUCCCCUCACGCGCUCUUCACAUCGUCGGCGGCCGUGACAAGAAGAUUAAGUUGAGCUUUCUAUACCCUGCUACCACUGGCCGCAACAUGGACGAGGUGCUGCGGGUCCUCGAUUCUCUGCAGAGGGCGUCCCAGUCCCACCACAAGAUUGCUACUCCUGCCAACUGGAAACCGGGUGACCCGGUUGUUAUUUCGCCCAGCGUCUCUAGUGAAGAGGCUAAACAGAUGUUCCCUCAGGGUUACAACACUGCUCAUCUUCCGUCUAAAAAGGACUACCUCCGCUUCACCAAUAAUUAAGUACAUAUAUAUACAUGUAUGUUGUUUAUUGUGUUACUGUCUGUUAAUUAUGUGAGCGAGCUUUCUUUGUAAAAUUACUGAACUUUUGUUGGUUUUUUUAUGAUUAUUAAUGAAUAAUAAUAAUUA